AUGGCGAGCACCAAGCGAGGUUCUGAUGAAGGAGUAGCACUUUGUUUAUCAGUGGUGCUGCUAGGAAUAAAGGGACUUAUUGGGCAUAUUGAAGGAAGGAAGGAAGAAAUGGUAUUUAAUAAUGAUGCAAAGCGACUUUUUGGUACAACCAAUUUGUAUGAAAUUUUGCAAUUACAUGGCUCGAAAAAAGUUCGGCAAAAUUACACUCGUGAAGAAAUAAAAAAAGCGUAUUUGAAGCUUACACUGAAAUAUCAUCCAGAUCGAUGUUAUGGUGAUAAUGAAAAAGUGGAAGCGACUCAAAAAUUUCAGAUAUUAAACAAAGCUUAUUCCAUUUUAGACAAUAAGGAGAAGCGUAAAAUAUACGACGAUACUGGUGUCAUAAACGAUGAAGAAAUUUGCUAUAACGAUGUGGAUUUGUCUACUUUGUGGAAAGCAGCGUUUAAAAAAAUUACGAAAGCUGAUUUAGAAAGUUAUAUAAAAGAAUACAGAGAAUCUGGUGAAGAACGUGAAGACGUUAAAAAAUCUUAUGAGAAUCAUAAAGGUGAUAUGGGAAAAAUUAUGAACGACAUUAUUGGCGUGAGCUUUGAAGAUGAAGAUCGUAUUAGAAAUAUGAUCAACGAAAUGAUUGAAAAUGGUGAAUUGAAAUUAACCAAAAGUUUUGUGAAUGAAUCGCGGCAAAAGAGAGCGAAACGUCAAAAAGCUGCUAAGAAAGAAGCGAAGGAAGCAGCUAAAAUGCUCAAAGAAAUUGAAGAAAAAGAAGGAUCGAAAAGUUUAGUUGCUUUAAUUCAAGAUCGGCAGAAAAAUAAAAUGAAUGGUUAUGAUAAAUUUUGUGAUGAACUUGCUGCAAAAUAUUGUAAUAAGCCGGCAAGUCGUAAACGAAAAGCCUCCUGA